GGACGGUGUCCGUGAAGGAGACGGAGCUGCACACGCCGCUGCACCAGCUUUUGUCCCGUUCAAGCUCUUUCUCACCAUGAACCGGGGUUGGUUCAUCGCUCUCCUGUUCGCAUCCCUCGCCCUUGCUGCUGUAAGGGCUGAGGAUGAGGUGGACGUCGAUGGGACUGUAGAAGACGACUUGGGGAAAAGCAGGGAUGGCUCCAGAACAGAUGAUGAGGUGGUGCAAAGAGAGGAGGAGGCUGUCCAGUUGGACGGUUUGAGUCCGGCUCAGAUUAAAGAACUCAGGGAAAAGUCUGAGAAACACGUCUUUCAGGCUGAGGUUAACCGUAUGAUGAAGCUCAUUAUCAACUCUCUCUACAAGAACAAGGAGAUCUUCCUCAGGGAGCUGAUUUCUAACGCCUCCGAUGCUCUGGAUAAGAUCCGGUUGUUGUCUCUGACCAACGAGGACGCGUUGGCCGCCAAUGAAGAGCUCACCAUCAAAAUAAAAUCCGAUAAGGAGAAUAACAUGCUUCACAUCACCGACACUGGUGUUGGAAUGACCAAAGAUGAGCUUGUGAGGAACUUGGGCACGAUUGCUAAGUCUGGCACCAGCGAGUUCCUCAACAAGAUGACGGAGAUGCAGACAGAAGGACAGUCUACAUCCGAGCUGAUCGGACAGUUCGGUGUUGGUUUCUACUCUGCUUUCCUUAUUGCGGACCGGGUCAUUGUGACAUCCAAGCACAAUAACGACACCCAGCACAUCUGGGAGUCUGACUCCAACCAGUUCUCUGUCAUUGAAGACCCGCGUGGGGACACACUGGGCAGAGGAAGCACUAUUACACUUGUCCUCAAGGAGGAGGCCUCCGACUACCUGGAGCUCGACACCAUCAAGAACCUCAUCAGGAAAUAUUCUCAGUUCAUCAACUUCCCCAUCUACGUCUGGGCCAGCAAGACGGAGACAGUUGAAGAGCCCAUGGACGAGGAUGCUGAGGCAGAGGAACCAGAGAAAGAGCCUUCUGAAGAUGAAGCUGAAGUAGAAGAGGAGGAGGAGGGAGACAAAGACAAGCCAAAGACAAAGAAGGUUGAGAAGACUGUGUGGGACUGGGAACUGAUGAACGACAUCAAGCCCAUCUGGCAGAGACCUGCCAAGGAGGUUGAGGAGGACGAGUACAGGGCUUUCUACAAGACCUUCUCAAAGGACACGGAAGAGCCUCUGUCUCACAUCCACUUCACAGCUGAAGGUGAGGUUACCUUCAAGUCCAUCCUGUUUGUGCCUGCGUCAGCUCCCCGAGGCCUCUUUGACGAGUACGGCUCCAAGAAGAACGACUACAUCAAGCUGUUUGUGAGGAGAGUUUUCAUCACGGAUGACUUCAAUGACAUGAUGCCAAAGUACCUCAACUUCGUCAAAGGAGUGGUGGACUCUGAUGACCUUCCCCUAAAUGUGUCCAGAGAGACUCUGCAGCAGCACAAACUGCUGAAGGUUAUUCGCAAGAAGCUGGUGCGUAAGACUUUGGACAUGAUCAAGAAGAUUGCCGAGGAACAUUACGAGGAGAAGUUCUGGAAGGAGUUUGGGACGAACAUCAAGCUGGGCGUGAUCGAGGAUCACUCCAACAGGACUCGCCUGGCCAAACUGCUGCGCUUCCAGACCUCCAACAGCGACACGGUCCUGGCCAGCCUGGAGCAGUACGUGGAGCGCAUGAAGGAGAAGCAGGACAAGAUCUACUUCAUGGCAGGCACCAGCAGGAAGGAGGCGGAGUCGUCUCCCUUCGUAGAGAGGCUGCUGAAGAAGGGCUACGAGGUCAUUUACCUGACGGAGCCUGUGGACGAGUACUGCAUCCAGGCUCUGCCAGAGUUUGACGGAAAACGCUUCCAGAAUGUCGCCAAGGAGGGCGUGAAGUUUGAGGAGAGCGACACGGCCAAGGAGAAGAGGGAGACCCUGGAGAAGGAGUUCGAGCCUCUGAUCACCUGGCUGAAGGACAAGCCCUUGAAGGACCAGAUCGAGAAAGCCAUCAUCUCCCAGAGGUUAACCAACUCUCCUUGUGCGCUGGUUGCCAGUCAGUACGGCUGGUCAGGAAACAUGGAGAGGAUCAUGAAGGCUCAGGCCUAUCAGACGGGAAAAGAUAUUUCAACAAGUUAUUAUGCCAGCCAGAAGAAAACUCUAGAAAUCAACCCUAAACAUCCUCUUAUCAAACAGAUGCUCAGCAAAGUCAAUGAUGAUGCUGAGGACCAGACGGCCUCAGAUCUGGCGGUGGUUCUGUUUGAGACGGCCACGCUGCGCUCGGGCUACCAGCUGACCGACACCAAGGCCUACGGGGAGAGAAUAGAGCGGAUGCUCCGGCUCAGCAUGAACGUGCCCCUGGACGAACAGGCAAAGGAACCAGCAGAGGAUGACUCUAAAGAUGAAGAGGAAAUUGUAGAUGAAGAUGAUGAAACGCAAACCGCUUUUGUCCACAUUCAUAGACUGAGAACAGGAAUGAGUAUAGAAAUCCCUGAAGGACUGACGGAGCUGUUACAGAGCUUUACCGUGGAAGUGUUGAGGAAUCAGCCCGGGGAUCUGCUCGAGUUUGCCUUACAGUACUUCACCCAGCUGAAGGACAGCGAGACCAAAGAGGCCUCAUUCGGAAAUGAGCAGAAUUCGGCUCCGAGGUCUGGAAAAGCGGUCAAUUUCAUUGACGAAGCCAUGCAGAUCGACUCGGAGAACGGAGGAGACGACGACGACGACGACGACGACGAGGAAUUCGUAGCCCCAGUGAUAAACAGAUUCAUCAGAAGAGCGUCAGUGUGUGCUGAGGCGUUCAAUCCUGAUGAAGAUGACGAAGAUAAAGAACCAAGGGUGACCUACCCCAAAACCGAUGAGCAGAGGCAGAGACUACAGGAAGCAUGCAGGGACAUUCUUCUGUUCAAGAAUUUAGAUCCAGAACAAAUAUCUCAGGUGCUGGACGCUAUGUUUGAGAAAUUCCACACAGAAGGAGAGCACAUCAUCGAUCAAAAUGAUGAUGGCGACAACUUCUACGUAAUUGAGAGCGGGACAUUUAACAUUUUUGUGAAGGUGGACGGCGUCGAGAAGCUUUUCGGCUGCUAUGACAACAGAGGCAGCUUUGGAGAGCUGGCGCUGAUGUACAACACCCCCAGAGCAGCCACAAUUACUGCCACCUCGCCUGGAGCCCUUUGGUGCCUGGAUCGUCUGACUUUCAGGAGGAUCAUAGUGAAAAACAAUGCCAAGAAGAGGAGGCUUUAUGAGGCAUUCUUCGAAACGCUACCACUGCUCACAUCUUUAGAGCUGUCGGAGAGAAUGAAAGUAGUAGACGUGAUCUCCACCCGGGUGUACAGCGAUUCCCAGCAGAUCAUUGCUCAGGGUGACUUAGCAGACUGCUUCUACAUCGUUGAGAGUGGUCAAGUUAGAAUCACCAUGAAAAGAAGUCGGACAAAAAAAGAGCAGGAGGACGAGGAGGUGGAUAUAACCACGUGCACAAGGGGCCAGUAUUUUGGAGAGCUGGCUCUCGUCACAAACAAACCCAGAGCCGCAUCUGCAUACGCUUUGGGAAAUGUCAAAUGCUUGGUUAUGGACGUUCAAGCCUUCGAAAGGUUGCUCGGCCCGUGCAUGGACAUCAUGAAGAGAAACAUCGUCAACUACGAGGAGCAGCUGGUGGCCCUGUUUGGAAGUAGCCCUGAGAUUGAGCAGCAAAGUGCAUGAGGAGACUCCAAUGGACCAUGAUGGGGUAGAUGGGUAAAAAAACAAACAAAAAAAAAAACAAACGAGAGAGAGUUGCCAAUUUUUUUAAGACAAAAAAUGUGAAUAUCCAUUACACUUCAACUUUUAAGUGUCAGAUAAGUAAUAUAGGCAGAUAUAGGUUAGUUUUAGUAGUUUGCUGCAGAACGACAUGACCGCAGAAAGCCAAAGCAGCGUUGCUUAAAAGCUUGUUUAACUACAUUUCCCACGAUUCCCACCUUAAAAAUGUAAAUGUACAUUUUAUUUGUCAGUGACCGGUGCAUUGUGUGUUUGUAAACUGAACACCUUCUUAACUCACCCUUUUCCCAUAGUGUUUCAGCUACAUCAGCAGCACAAUAUUGUUGGUAAAUUACAGUAAUUGUUAAAAAACAGAUGCCAAAGCCAAUUUCUUACUGGACAAUUAAGGGCAACUGUGUCACGUUGUCCCAUCACAGAAGGAAGUGUACCAGUUUAAGAGCUCCAAAAUGUGAAAA